AUGGUUCUGAAAAGAAAGCAAUCUUCUGGAUGUCAAAAUAGGAAGAAAAAGAAAAAGAGAUUGGAAUCUACUAAAUCUCUAGUAGGUUCUUUUGAUAAGUUUUUGAUUAGAAAUCAACCAACAAUUGAGAAUAAGGGCGAUGAGGAUAAUGCUACAGAUGAUAAUGGUAAGAAUGAGAGGAAUGGGGAUGAUGUUGCUGCUGAUAAUGGUUUAAAUGAGGGGAAUAGGGAUGAUGGUGCUGCUGAUAAUAGUAUGAAUGAGGGGAAUGGAGAUGAUGGUGUUGCUGAUAAUGGUAUGAAUGAGGGCAAUGAGAAUGAAGGUGAUGUUGAUAAUAGUGUAAAUGAGGGAAAUGUGAAUGAUGGUGGUGUUGAGAAUGGUAUGAAUGAUAUCAAUGAGAAUGACAGAAGGGGGGAUAAUGUCAACAAGACGGUAGGAACGAAUGAAGUUGGUAAUUAUUGUGAAGAGUUAAGCCAUAUAGAUAUGUUUGAUCCGGCUAAUUGGAAUACAAUUGAUAAAAAGCUUGUUGAUUUUUUGGUAGAGAAGGGUCCAGUGAGAAUUGAUAAUAUCAAGUUCCCUAGAGAUUCCAAGGGCGAUCAUUUCUCUAGCACUUAUUACUUUCGGAGAAUGAGCAAUUUUGAGAAACAAGAAAGGAGAUGGCUAGUGUAUUCGACAUCUUUGGAUAAGGUAUUCUGUUUUUGUUGUAAAUUGUUUAAGAAGAGGGAAACUAAUUAUCAGUUGUGUGAAAGUGGGUUCAAUGAUUGGAAUAACCUAAGUGGAAGACUUAGUACUCAUGAAAACAGUGGAGAGCAUGCUGUUUGUAUGUUUAAUUGGCUUGAGUUGGAAUUACGAUUGAGAAAGGAAAAAACCAUUGAUAAGAGAAUACAAGAACAGAUCAAUAGAGAGAAGAUACAUUAUAAAGAUGUUUUGGAGAGGAUGAUGGACGGCAUCUUGUUCCUAGCGAAGAAUGGUUUAGCAUUUCGUGGGGAUAGUGAGAAAAUUUAUACAAAAAAUAAUGGAAACUUCUUAAGUUUCAUAGAGGUACUUGCAAAAUAUGAUCCCGUGUUAAAGUAUCACUUGGAGAGUAUCGAAAAGAAUGAAAUGCGGGAACAAAUGUCCAUUAUAAUCAGAUGCGUAGAUGUUUCAACAGCAAGAAUUGAGGAAUAUUUUCUUGGGUUUUUGAAAGUUGAAGAUAAAACAGGAGAAGGUUUGUUUUUUGAACUUCAAGAAGCAUUGAUAAACCUUGGAUUAAAUAUUGAUGAUAUAAGAGGGCAGGGAUAUGACAAUGGAGCAAAUAUGAAAGGAAAACACAAAGGUGUACAAGCAAGACUACUCGAGAUUAAUCCAAGAGCAUUCUACACACCGUGUGCUUGUCAUAGUCUAAAUCUAAUACUUUGUGAUAUGGCUAAGUCAUGUCCUAAAGGAUUGUCUUUUUUUGGAUCCAUACAACGUAUUUAUACGUUAUUCUCGGCUUCUACUAAUCGAUGGGAUUUGUUCAAAGAAGAUAUUGGAGAGAAAGGUUUGACUCUUAAACCAUUAUGCGAUACUAGGUGGGAAAGCCGUGUAGCAAGUAUCAAAGCGAUAAGAUACCAAGCUCCUGAAAUACGCAAAGCUUUAGAGAAGUUGCGAGAUUCAUCCUCUAUUUCUCAAGAAGUCAGCACAGCCGAGAGCCUAGUAAGUUUUGAUAUGCAUAAUUUUGAAUUUUAUGUUAGCUUGACAAUCUGGUAUAAACUUUUAUUUGCUGUUAAUACCGUGAGUAAAUCUUUGCAAUCUGAAAAUAUGGAUAUUGGUGUUGCUAUAGAAAAAACAAAAGGUCUAAUUGUUUUUUUUAAAGAGUAUAGAAAAGAUGGGUUCCAAAAGGCAAUGGAAGAUGCGAAAGAGAUUUCAGAUGGUAUGAAUAUUGAACCUACAUUUCGUGAAGUUCGCACCACUCGUACUUGCGAACCAAUAUCAGGUUAUUUGAAGCAUGGUACAUCUAGAGAUAUUGAUGGCAGGGAGUUAUAUUUGGAAUUGUUAGUCAUGAGAGUUGCAUUACCUAAGGCUUAUAGCAAACCAAUGGAGGUUUUACAAUUUUUACUAAGAAUGGAUGGUUGCUACCCAAAUGCGUGGAUUGCUUAUAGGAUACUGCUCACAAUUCCGGUAACAGUUGCAUCGGCGGAAAGAAGUUUUUCUAAGCUAAAGUUGAUUUUAUCGUAUCUUCGAUCAACUAUGUCAGAAGAGAGAUUAAUUGGAUUGUCUAUGCUGGCAAUUGAAACAGAUAUGGUUAUGCAAGUUGAUUUUAAAGUUAUACUUAAUGAUUUUGCAUCUAGAAAUGUAAGAAGAAUCAACUUUCAAUAGAUGUUAUUUGUAUGAUUAUCUGAACCCUUUACUUUUA